AUGUCUUUGCACAUCACCAUCGUCCCUGCCUCUUCAAGAGCAGGCAGAGAAACGAUCCUUGUUCUCCUAGAGUCCAAGGAGAGGCCUUUUAUCCGCGGUAUCUAUCGAGAUCCAUCCAAAGCCCCGGCAGAGUUCACGAAACAGCCAAACUUUGAAGCUGUCAAGGGAGACGUUGACACCGGGACUGGCCUCGACUUUAGUGGCUCGGAUGCAGUCCUAUACGUCCCCCCACCGACAUACGACGGCACGGACCAGGGCCAGUUUGCAACACAAGCUGCGACUAAUGUAGAGAAGGCUCUCCGGGCAGCCCCAAACAUCAAGAAGCUGGUCUUGCAUUCGGCCUUGGGUGCCCAGUAUAACCAUGGCAUUGGCACCCUGAAACUAAAUCACAUCUCUGAUCACAUCCUCAAGUCGGCAGCACCUGAAGUGCUCAUCGUGAAGCCUGGGUACUACUUCGAGGACUGGACCUCGGCUCUGGAGACGAUGCAAGAAGACCCUCCAAGCUUCCGGUGGCCGAUUCACCCCGCGGACCAUGCAAUUCCUAUGGUCAGCGUGAAAGACGUAGGCGCGUACUGCGCCAGCGCUCUCAUCUCCUCGGCAGCUGGCACCUCGGCGCCACCCCUUCCCCUCCGCUACGUCGAAAUCUUCGGCCCCCGAAACUACAGCGCUCUAGACGUCAAAAAGACAAUUGAAGAAAUCACCGGGAAAGAAGGCACGCUGAUCACGGUGGAGAAGGAAGGGCUCGCGGACUACUUUGCGCAGGGCGGUAUCCCAAGGGAGUACGUGCAGGAUUAUGUGGAGAUGUUUGUCGCGAUGAGGCCGGGUGGGAUUAUGGCGGGGGAUUUUGAGUAUAAGGAAACGACGGUGAGGGGGGGAAUUGAGCUGGAUGAGGUGUUUAGGGAGUUGGCUGGGAAGUAG